UUCGACCGAAACAUAUUUAAUCUAUAAAUAGUUUGUGUUUAUACUGUAACUUCAUUCUUGAGGUUGUUAUCGAGAUUUUGAUGUAUUGUUGGUUAUCGUUUGAGAUAAGAAGUCAGAUCAGUACCUAUAUGUUAUGGAAGGACAGAGUUUGAUAACGAUACAGAUGAUAAUGUGUUGUGAUCCCAGCUAAUUUGAAAUUUUGAAUUGAAGAUGGGUCUCCAAGUAGAAUUUGCACCCUUAAAUGUACCACUGACUCGAAGGCUCCAAACACUUAGUGCAGCAUUUUGGUUUUCAUCCGUUGCUUUCGCAGGUUUAGCUUGUUGGUUGCUGAUUUUGUAUGUGAUUUUCUACACUAGACUAUGGUGGCUGAUUAUUCUUUAUCUGGUUUGGGUGUACAUCGAUAGACACGCUUGUGAAACUGGAAGUAGAAGGAGUUCAUUAGUGAGAAGUUGGGAUUGGUGGGAAUAUUUCAGGAAUUACUUUCCUGUGCGAUUGCAUCGGUUACCAUGGAUCGAAUUCGACCCAGAUAAAAACUAUUUAUUCUGCUGUUUUCCCCAUGGAUUGAUCCCAGCGGGGGCUUUUUCAGUGUUUGCAACGAAAAGUGGAGAAUUUGAGGAAUAUUUUCCUGGAUUAAACCCUUGGCUAUGUAUCCUGGAACAACAUCUUCAUACACCAAUCUUCAGAGAGAUGCUUCUUAUGUUGGGAUGUAUUAGCCCUUCUUUGAAAUCUUUAAAUCAGUUUCUCAGCAAACCUGGAGGAGGCAAUGCAGUGGCGUUGGUGGUUGGAGGAAUACAAGAAGCUUAUUACAGCAGGCCUGGCCGACAUCAGUUGGUCUUGAAAAAUAGGAAAGGUUUCGUUAAAGUAGCUCUCCAGAAUGGAAGUCCCUUAGUGCCUGUAUAUUCCUUUGGCGAAAAUGAAAUAUUCGAUCAGAUACAAGGUGCAGACGAUUCCUUGUUCAAGAAAACUCAAGAAUUCAUAAGGAAGAUCAUAGGCUUGGCUCCUAUCAUUCCUUUGGGGAGAGGAUUACUUCAGUACUCUUAUGGAAUAGUUCCACAUCGUCGUCCAGUAAACGUUGUGGUGGGUCAUCCCAUACCUGUUGAAAAAAUUGAAAAUCCAACACCUAGCCAGAUCGACGAUUUACAUCAGAAAUUCAUUGAGGCAAUCAUGAAUAUUUUCGAAACUCACAAGUUCACUUAUUUGGAAAAUCCAGAGGACGCUCAUCUGAAAUUAGUAUGAGUGUUGUACGUUUUGAAAAUUUGUAUUUUUACAAAUCCAUAUAAAAAUGUAUUACAUAUCUCCAUGUAUUCGAUAUAUUAUUGAUUUUUUUAUACAAAAAAAAUUAUUUUUAUUUAAUCUUUUUAUGUUGAUGUUGAAAUGUAUGUUGAAAUGUGGUAUUAAUUUAAGUAUACUUGUUAUACCGAAUAUUGUUUCAUGGCAAAAGAAACUGCAAAAUUUA